AUGGAUUCCAAAAUGUCUAACAAGAUUAGGGAGAUCGUUAGGCUUCAACAGAUCCUCAAGAAGUGGAAAAAGCUAGCAAAUGCACCCAAGAACAUCAGCGGCAACAGCUCUUCCCAGCAGACAACCAGUGGCAGCAGUAAAAGCAUCAGGUUCCUGAAGAGAGCACUAUCUUUCACAGAUGUUUCAGCAGCGUCAGCUGAUGCAGUUCCAAAAGGGUUCCUGGCUGUGUGCGUGGGAAAAGAGCUGAAGCGAUUUGUCAUCCCCACUGCGUACUUGGGUCAUCAGGCAUUUGGGGUUCUGCUAAGACAAGCGGAGGAGGAGUUUGGGUUUCAACAGGAAGGAGUGUUGAAGAUCCCAUGUGAAGUUUCCACGUUUGAGAAGAUCUUGGAGAUGGUUCAACACAGAAACGAUGCCAUCUUCUUGCAUGACUCUGGCUUCAUUGUUGACAAAGAAAUCAUUGGUUGUUACUCACCGGAUUGUGAGUUUACACCUAAUGCUCACCACCCUCAAAUGUGUAGAUGA